ACUUGUCGUUUGGUACAGGCCCUACCCAUGCUGGACCCCCUAUGGAUGCGAAUUACAAUUGAAGGGACAGGGACCCCCUAUGGCGCCAUACAUGUUCCCUUCCUUCACGCGGCACCGGACCAGGGGCGGUGCUGUCUGGUGCUGUGUUUUGCCGGCCGUUUGGCCCACUGUCGCAGGUCCCCAACCACGUAAACAGAUUAUGGACGUCAGUGAAAGGCACAUAUGAAAUGGGCGCGCCAUCAAGCCACGCACCAGACCGUGCGCGCAAUGGACUCCGGUUUCGUCCGGCUCCCAUAUUAUCCCAAGGGUACUGACUCCAGGAAGUGGCAAACGGAGCCCCGAUACAUUGACAGCCGAGGCGAGGCCCGACCCGCUGGCUCCGCAGGCGAUGUGCCUGCAGCCAGCGAGCCAGACGAGCCUGCGGCCUCUGCACCGCCCUUCGCCUUCGCGCCUCGCCAGCCCGACCAAGUGCCUGGCGCCCCCGACCGUGACGUGAGCCUGUCCCUGGCCCUGGCGCUCACCUGCUCCGUGGUGCGGGACCUGCUAGACCUGGUCGGGGAGGACGUCCACGCCGGCAGCGCCACCCCCGCAGCUGCCCGCACAGUGGUGGUCCCGGCCGUACCCACCGCUAUCACGCCGCUGGGGCUGCGGCUGCUGGAUGAGUGGGCGCUGCAGCGACAAGCGGCAGAAGCAGCAGCAGUAGCAGCUGGGGGCUCGGCAGUAGCAGUGGCAGCAGCAGGCCCGGCCUGGCGUGCUUGGCUCUCCGCCUUCCUGGCAGGUCACGCAACCGCAAUUACAAAUGAGGCUGCGGCUGCGGCUGACUUCCUGGGCUGUAGCAGUUUCCUGCAGGUGGUGGCGGAGCUGCAGCUGGUGCGGGUGGUGCUGGCGGACAGGGCGGCGCUGGAGGCGUUUGUGGAGGCAGGCGGCCGGAAGCAGCUGAGGAGGCAGGACAGGGAGAGGAGGCUGAGCAAGGCGCAGCUGCAGCACCUUCCUUGCUUAACUGCAUCGUCAGCCCCUGGCGGCGCUGGCGGCGCCGGCGGCGCCCCGGCAUCGGGCAGCGCGGCACCUGCCGCGGCUGCUGCACCCGCUGAUGCUGGUGGUGGUAAUGGUGGUGGUGACGGUGGUGGUGGCCCCCGCCUGGAGGACAGCGGUCCCCUGGGCCGUGUGGUGGUGAUGGGUCCGCGGCAGCUGGAGGCGCUGGUGGCGGCGCUGUGCAGCUGCGAGUGGCUGGCGGCGUGCAGCCCGCAGCCGCAGCACGUCAGGCGGGUGCUGGUCGAGCUCGGGUUCCGGCAGUGCCUCACCUUCACUCGCGAGGGCGAGCGGGAGCAGCACAACGGCCGCAGCGCCUACCUGUGUGCGCCGCUGCCGGCCAUGUCUGGCGGCCGCGCGGAGGUGACGAGUGUGGCGGUGGAGGCGGAGGCACACGACCAGGGCUGGAGCAGCUACCCCUCCGACCGUGGCAGCUACCGCAACAGCUGGACCUGGGGCGAGCUGGUGCUGGUGGGGCCGCCCAACGGCCAGCCGCUGCGACAGGGUGACCCGGGGCGGCUGUUCACCAACCGCCACGCCGACCGGAACUACCAGACGCACCGUGUCGUGCAGGGUCCGGACAGCGCGGUCGUGCAGGACCUGAAUGAGAAAGUGUACGGCGGCGGCGGGGCGGCGGCGGUUGGCGGCGGCGGGGCGGCGGUUGCUGGCGGCGGCGAGGCGGCAGCGGCGGCGGGCGGGGGAGGGGGAGCAGGCGGGUAUGAGCUGCGGCUGAUGCAGUGCGCGGCGUUCCCGGGCUGGUGCCACAGCAUGCGACGCGCCACCAUCACGGUGCACUUCAAGUAGUCUACUAGCUCAGGGCUUCAGGCGGUGACAAGGAGAGUAUGUGUCACUGUUGGUGCAGGCGAACCGCUGCGGUUCUACGCCACAUUCAGUACAUAACCCCGCGGAACAGGGAACCCCUGCUGCAGAACACGCAUUGGGGCUGUCUUAUGCCGGCAGCCCUACUACAGUUAUGGGUUUGGGAUUGGGGUGAAAUGCAGUGAGUACAUAGUCGGUACAGCCUGAGUACAUAGGUACGGCUGUAUUGCUGGCCUGGGAGGCAGUCAGGGCUGUACGGGGUAAUGAAGGAAAGGUGUGUUGCCCAGGGACUAAGCCGGCGCGGGGCAUGCAUGUGUGGAAUGCCAACGCUGCAGGCACUCUGAU